GUUCAGUACGAGCCCGUGCGUCGGCGGUGGCACACAUUCGCGAAUUCCCGCCAGGAAUCGGAGAAAACGCCCGCGAGAACUCCCGCGCCGCAACGCGCGGGAUUAUUUGUUCAUUUAUUUAUUUAUCUCGUAUGCACGACAGAUUAUCCGUUGCUUAUAAAAUAUACAGAACGGCUCGAUGCGGAGUACUAGAAUGAGUAAAGAAAAGAUAAGAUAACCGCGAGUCCUUCAAUUAAUACGAUAAAUCUUUACCGACUCGACGACACAGUGAAACGUAUAAUCAAAGCUGUCUAUUGAAGGAAACCGGGACCGAGAAGAUCUCUGUGAUAUUAUCGGUAGGCCGUGGAUUUCAUGGAUUCGCGAUCGCGAGAAACGAGGAUGUGUAAUUUCAAACGACCGGAAGAUUAAAUACUAUUUAAGAACGAUCGUGCAUCUCGUUCUCAGCGCACCGAAGUUAUUCGACAAAUAAUUCUGUAUACAUGAUUCAUGUAUUAAUUAAUUAAAUAGUACAUAAUUCUGCAUUAAUAUCAAUAAUACAUAAUUCUGCAUCUUUCGCGAUCGACGUGAAGACGGUGUUCAUUUCGCGUGAAGAUCCGAUCCGCGGUCCGAUUACAGCCGCGUUAACAACAAUUAAUAGAUAAUAAAUAAUAAUUACGCACGUACGAUAAACAAUAAUUAGCGGCGCGGUAAACGCGCGUUUCUAAACAUUUUCAUCACCGGCACAGAGAUAAGAGGAGAGUACCGUGAAAACGCUGCGCAUUCAUAUCGUCCGCCGAUCUAACGGUAAUCCCAUCGGAUCCGCCGAGAAAGUGAAAAAGCCGUUAAUGCUUAAUCUUGAAAAAUUCAUACUAUCUGGAAUGACUGUACGAUUACCUUGUUCCGGCUUCGGGGAACGAGACGCAACGAUUGCGCGUUAAACGCAACGUUUAAAAGAGAUCGGGUCGCACGACGGGCGUCGCUCGUUGUUUUCCCCCGAUGUUCGUCCACGGAUCGUCGAAUCGACGCGAGAUGCUCGCGACAGUUCUCGGAUCGGUUUCCGCGUGAGAAAAUGCGGCGGUCCGCUAGGAACACGGUGAACACGACGGGACAGGGUUAGACCGGCAGAGGCUCGACUUCGCUUCGUUUCGUUUCGUUUCGUUUCGUCGCGGAUCGGCGAGUCUCGUUUCCCCGGGCGGUCGGGGAAAGGACUGUUGACCGGGAGCGCGGGCUCUCGUUUACGGGAGUCACUGAUCGAUAAUUUGAUCGAGGGGAGAAAAGUGACCGCGAGACGACGAGAGUGACCGGGAGACGACGACGACGACGACGGCGGCGACGGCGACGGCGGCGGCGGCGGCGAGAAGAAAUCGCUCGGAAGAAAAGUAUGCAGCUACUUUCCAGUUUCAUGGCGAGGCAUCUGAAGCGAGGAACAUCCUUGAAAAAAGGAAAACGCGAAGCUGCGGGCGGAGGAAACGGUGUUGGUAAUUGUCCAGCUUCGGCAGGGGGUGCGGCCAGGAUCGGCAACGGCACCGCUGGUUACGGUACUGCACCUGGGGGUGGCAAUAUGACCCCCGAGGAUCUCGCUCCCGAUGAAGAGUUUGCUCUCGCCAUUACACAGAAAGCUCAGAGGGAGGCAGAAGCAGUUCGCGGCGCAUUGUAUCUGAGUGCAACGCUUGCGAUCGCAUGGAUAAUUGGAGCGGCGGGUCUGUCGUUGGCGUGGCUGGUGUUGGUCCUGGCGCUGGCAGGAACGAUAUUUAAAACGAGGGUGUCCAGAUUGCUGCAAUCGACGAUCCAACAGGAACUGGGAAGGCUGCGCCGCAGAAGGGCCCUGUACAAGGACGAGACCGCGGAGUGGUUGAGCUUGUUGCUCAACAAAUGGUGGAGAUUCAGUGCAGCAGGAAUAUUUUCCUUAGCGAAGGAGAGACUGGAGCCAUUGUUAAACGAGGCUAAACCGGGAAUACUAGGGCCACUGGAGCUUAGGGAACUGACUCUCGGCGAGCAGACACCGUACGUGACCCGGGUACGAACAUUAGAUUACACCAACGACGAUGACAGUCUCGAUGGUCAAGCCGGGCAAACGAAAUUGUCGAUCGAGGCCGACGUGCGGCUCGAUUGCGAACAAUUCCGUAUGCUGAUAACGACGAGAUUAUUCGGCAAAGGGGUCGGCAUGGACGUUGAUUUAGCUGUGGAGAAACUAUCUCUCUCGGGAACGAUUCUCGCCACCCUGACCCUUAACUCCAUGGCACCAUUUCCUCACGCAACCUCUUUAAGCGUGAGUUUCGUGGAGAAGCCGGAUGUUUGGUUCAGCGUGAGAAUCCUGCGAGCCGUACAAAUGAUGGAAAUGCCUUUAAUUAAGACCUGGAUCCACGCGGUGGUCACGGACGCUUUGGCCAGCUGGAUCGUUGAUCCAGGCCAUCUGGAGAUGAAUCUGAGAGCGCAGGAACGGCCCGGACCCAGAUUGGAUUUUAUGGCGAAUUCCAUACCUCAGGGUGUGCUCACCGUUUUCUUGUCCCAAAACGGCGCCGCGGCACCAAUCGGCGACGAAUCGAGAUGGCUCGUGGUAACGCUAGGAGAUCAAAGGCGUGUGACGACUCCCUUGAAUUCCACAUGGAACGAGGACGUCUCGUUCCUGGUGGGUGCCUUGGAUAACGAGAAAGUUUCCAUCAAAUUAAAAGGAAAACGGCUUGUCAGCACGAUCACUCUGGCACAAUUCGAAUUGGCGCUCGGCGUCUAUAACUGGGACAACUCGCAGGUAAUCGAGACGGUGUUACAACAGAAGAAACCGUCCCGUAACAGCGCGAACAUUCCGAACAUCAACGCUCGAUUAGAGUACACCGCCCUUCCGAAAUUGGACCCGGAUCUACCGCAACCAGAAUUAACAGAGGACAACGCACACCUAUCAGUGUCACGAAAAUAUUCCAAUCGAGCUCAGAAAUCAGGGGUGCUCGUGGUGUACAUCCAUUCCGCAGAAAAUCUCAACAGCGACAGCACUCAGUGCAAUCCAUACUGCAUGUUGUUCAACAAUCGGAAGAAGGUGAAGACGACGCAUUACAUUCGUGGCACUAAUUCCCCAUGCUGGGAAUCCAGGGCCCAGUUUCUCGUGCAGGAUUACACCCAAGUCUCGUUAAGCUUCGUGGUAUACUCUUGGAACAUAUCGAAAUCGACCGACAGCGACAUGCUUGGACUUGCUAUACUGUCGUUAUCACAGGAGAGCACCUGGAUAAUAAAGAAAGAACUAUCUCUGAGCGGGUCGAACAAUAUGUCAACGAUGACGGUGUCGGUGAUGUUCCACCCGGUGAAAAGCGUGCAGCAAGUGGUGACGAGUCGAAGGAGCAGCUUAGCCCUUCCGGUGUCGGACGACGAGCCGAAAACAAAAAGGAACAGCUUGCCGUGGAUGCAACAGGCAAAGCUACUAUUGACCCACAAGGACAUAGAUCCGGCCUCGUCGGACGUGUCGAGUCUACUUUCCACCGGAAGCGGACUGAUGGAAGUGACUCUGAUACGGGCGAAGGAUCUUGUGGCGAAGGACUUGAACGGCUUCAGCGAUCCUUUUUGCGAAUUGAAGCUGAACAACGAAACGAAAUACAAGAGCAGCAUAAAGAAGAAAACCCUGAAUCCCUGCUGGGACGAAAGUUCUAUCAUGGGUUUGCCGAGGAUAGGCGAGACCUUGGAUGUCGUGUUAUGGGAUCAUGAUACUUUUGGAAUGAAAGAUUAUCUGGGAAAAGUAUCGUUGACUCUCGAGGACAUCAGGAAAUUGUCGAACAGCGAUCAGUCCCAUUGGUUCACGUUAAGAGGAACCAAAACGGGAUCUGUAGAGUUGAGAAUCAAGGUCUUGUCUGAGGAAUGCGAGACACAAAGCACAUACGCAGCCAGCAACAUCAGCGAGAACUCGACGCAACUAAAUAUUGAAACCUCUGAGUCAGUUUCGAAUAUUAUUCGAAGACCGUCGAUGGAGAAAUCAAAGAUGAGAUUGCAUUUGGACGUUGUACCGCCACCGCCGCCACCGCGUACAGUAACUUUGAUCAAACCAACCAUCUCUAAUCAAUCCGACAAGGCCAGUGUCGGUAGCAAAGAUUCUAACGAGACGAAUGGCAUGCAAACUUCAUGGAUACCUAGAGUCAUCACGGAGAGAGUAACAGAUGCGGUUGAUAACAGCGAUUCGACGAAGUCGCGGGAAGAACGGCGAUCUUCCUAUAAUAGCUUGACACCGAGCCCGGAACAGAACUUCGGCAAGAAAUUGCCACAAUACAAUAGCUUCCGUGUUAUGAAACAAAAGGUGAAGAGAGGACUGAAGCUUCGUAGAUUUCGUUCAGAAGUCAAUAUUGAAGAGAAAAACGAGGCAAAGGGUAUAACAUUGAGUUUGGAGCCCAGAGGAGGAGGAGAAGCCGAUGCUACAGAGCUUUUACAAGAAUCUGGCUUGGCACAUGCUGUAUCGCAACCAGAUAUGCUUGGCAGAAUAAGACAGCCUAGUCCACGUUUAAGACUGAGACCAAAUGAAUUGAAAGUUGUCAACGGCACCAGAGAAAAAUAUUCAGGGAUAGAAGGUAAAGUUCUUCAGGCUCAAGGUCUUCAUGUUGCACAUAUCGCUCAAUUAUACUGUAGAAUUAAACUUCAAACGUGUACCAGCCCUGACAAAAUUACAUCCUCAGCGAACAGUGGCAAAACCUUGGCAAAAUCUCGGCUAUUACCUGCUAUGCCCAACCCUCAGUUCAGUAUAGACUUUCAUAUCGAAGGCGACAAUGUUCCAAGACAAUCUUUAUUAAUAUUUGAAAUUCGAAGUGCUAGCAAAGAGUUACUAGCCAGUCGUCGGAUCACCCUUCAUGAAUUAUUAGGGGUAUCGGCUGCAACCGAUGAAAUUCAGACAUGGCUGGCAUUAAAUAAUGGAGCAUCAUUAGAGGUACAAAUUGCUCAUGGAAGAGAAUUGAAAACUAAGUCCACAAAAAAAUUGUUUCGGUCUUGGUCAGUGCACAGAAUAGGGAAAAUUUAAAAUACCUCAAAAUUGUAUAUUUUUUUACCAUCAUUCAUACACUUUGAUUCACCAAACACAACAUUGUACAAAUUAAACAUUCUUUCUCCGUAAAAAUGGGUUGUAACAAUUAAAACUUUUAUGUACUCAUAUCAUGAUUCAAAUGUUCUAUUUACAUGUAAAUAUAUACAUAUAUAUAAAUAUAUAUUAUAUAUAUAAAAAUAUAUUUAAUUAAAGUGAAUAAAGUACUUCAUGUUAUACUACACAAGAAAAGAUUGUAAUAUUCAUGUUUUGUAAGAUAAAGAGAAUUGAUUUAUUCUUAAUUGUAACA